AACUAAAUGGCCAGUGAGCGCGUGGUGUCCGCUGUGACUGGAGCGGGGGGUGAAAGGUCAGGCGGCGGCGGUUGGUGUGAUGGCGGCUUCCAGAAAAGUCUACGAGGUUUUCGUCUCCCGCGUCCCCUGGACCGCGGCGAACAAGGAAAUCAAGGAAUACUUUGGGCAAUUCGGUCAUGUGAAGAAAUGCCUGCUUCCAUUUGACAAAGAGUCUGGAUUCCACAGGGGAUUUGCCUGGGUUGGCUUCAGUUCAGAGGAGGGGCUGCACAAUGCACUGCAAAAAGAUCCACAUGUUGUAGAUGGAACGAAGCUUCAAGUUCAGAGAAACAGAAGAGUGUUUGAAGGACAAAGAUCAAAUAAUAAAGUCACCGAAUCAGCAAGUUAGCGGUGUGGGCCGCAGAUUAAUUGUAUUUGUUCAGGUUAUCGUUAAAUAAAAAUGGUAAUCUAGUUUAA